UUCCUCUCCAGUCACUCAUCUGUGAUCCUCUUUGCAGCCCAGAUAACGGUCCCUGAAGCAGUCGCCAUGGGGGUAGAAGGAUGCACCAAAUGUAUUAAAUACAUGCUCUUUGUCUUCAACUUCAUCUUCUGGCUGGCAGGAGGAGUGAUCCUUGGUGUUGCCCUAUGGCUGCGACAUGAGCCUACGACUUCCAAUCUGUUGAUCCAGCAAAUAGGAGACAAGCAGGUUCCAGCAACCUUUUACAUUGGGAUCUAUAUAAUUAUCGCAGUCGGUGCCGUCAUGAUGUUUGUAGGUUUCUUAGGAUGCUAUGGAGCCAUUCAGGAAUCCCAGUGUCUUCUGGGAACGUUCUUCGCCUGCUUAGUAAUCCUGUUUGCUUGUGAAGUAGCUGCUGGCAUCUGGGGUUUUGUGAACAGAGAGCAGGUCUCAAAAGAGAUAAAACAGUUUUAUGAUGAAGCUUAUGAACAAGCAAGGAGCCCGAAGAAGGAGGAGUACGAGAAGGCAAGACCCGUCAUCAAAGUUUUCCAUGAGUCGCUUCAGUGCUGUAAACUCGACAUAAGGAACUUGGGCGAAAACCUCUGUCCAUCAGGAAUAAUGAAUGUGGAUUGCCAUGAAAAAAUUGAUGCUCUGUUCCAGUCUAAACUACACUUGGUUGGUAUCGCGGCUGCAGUGGUGGCUGUUAUUAUGAUCAUCGAGAUGAUAUUCAGUAUGGUUCUGUGCUGUGGCAUCCGGAUCUAUUCUGUGUACUGAGGGCCGCGGUUCUUCCCUUGUGUAAAUAACACCCACCCCGUCUAUUCUCCUUCUUCCCUCCCCGAGUGUGUCUUUUAUUAACACUUGUUCAGCGCUCUUGUGGAGCUUGUGCAGAAGUUUAACUCAGUGGAGAAGCAGAUGUUGGCUUCUCGAUUGGUUUUAUGCCACCCUUCCCUGGAGGUUACAGCAACAAGGCACCCAGGAUCUGGGGGUCCUGCAGAAUGUACUACCUUUGCUUUUAGGGCCCCUAACUCCUAGCCUUAGUGUGAAACAAUGUCACCCUCUCACUGCCACAAAAUCAAAGCUUCUGGAGUUGACAUUCCUACAGAAUGAAUGUUGAUGAGAAGGCAUCAGUCCAACUCUUGGAGGCACGCCAGUGCCUUAUUGCAUAAUUUCUCUGCCCGCUCCUGUGUAAAAUAUAUUGUGUUAGUACUGUCGGGGAAAAGGAGCAAUCCUAACAAUACCCGUUUCCUGCACGAUCCCUCCACACAAUCUGUCAUCUGAUGGAAAAGUGAAUAUAUAUAAUUAUAUAUAAACAUGUAUAAAGGUUCUCAUUAAACAUUUAUUGGGGGCUUUUCCUCCCAAUUCACACAUAA